GGUUGACGACGGCAGUGACAACGAACCAUCCUCGAUCAUCUACCGGUGGAGACAAACUAAUGGAGGCUGCCAGCGCCGUGGCGAUCUCUCCACGUUCUGCUUUGGGAGUAUGAUGGACACGCUCUUCGUGCUUGGCCAAGAAUCCCGGCUGCGCAUCCUCGAGCAGGCGGCGUCGCGCAUCCCCGGUUGCGUCUACCUCUGCGUCUGGGCGCCCAUCCCCGGCGGCCACCAUCCUCCCCGUUCCGCCGCCGCCAGCAGGGCUCAUCGCCACCUGCUCUGCCUCGACGCAUGGCUCCGUGACGGCGGCGGCAGCGGUGACAGCGACCGCGCGCGCGCUCUGUUCGACGCCUACCGGGGAUCGCUCUGCGCGGCCGUAAGCGGGUGCGUGCCAGGGUGGGCUUACGGGGACGGCCGGGCGUACAUGGAGCUGCCGGAGCACGAUCUGGCGCUCACAGCGUCGUCGCCAGUGCAGCAGCAGUUCUACCAGGAGGCUGGCAUCAAGGUGGCGGCCUUCAUGGGAUGCGAGAGCGGCGAGAUCGAGGUGGGCUUGUCGACGCCGGCGGGACAGACGAAUCUUCAGGCGAGCCUGGGCCAGGUAUUCUCCGAGGACUUCUUCCAGCAGUCGCUUCUAGAGGAGCUGCUCCAGCUCCCGCCGACGCGGCCAUCUUCGUCGUCCUCCUCUCUGCCGUCAAUCUCCGUGGGCAGCCCGGCCGACGGCUCGACGUCGCUCUUGCGCAGCACAAUGGCUGCCAUGUCGUCUACCACGACGUCUCCCAGGGAUCUGACGGCUGCGCAGAUGCUCCACCCGUUGCGUCCGCCGCACCCGGUGCCGUUCAGCCGUCACGGCCCUGGCCACGGGCACCUCCACUUCCCGAGCGCUGAGGCCGACGACGCCGCGAUGGCGCAGGCCAUGCUCACCGUCAUAUCUUCUUCCUCGUCGUCGUCAGGGAUGCCUACCACAUCUAUGCCUAUCGUACCGGGCAACCACCGCGCGCGUAGAUCGCCGCGCCGGGGCUCGACGACGACGGCGUUCAGGGCGUAUAAUGCGGCGCUGGCGCCGAGGGCGCCGCGGCGAGCGGCGGGCGCGCCCGGGCAGCGGAUGAUCAAGAUGGCCAUCUCCAUCCUUAGGAGAAUGCAGGAGUACAACGGCCAGGAGCGCAGGUCCGGGGCGACCGCGCAGCGUUGGCGGGAGGAUGACGAGGAGACCGCGGCAGCAUCGGCGCCAGCGGCGGCACCGACGAGCAGCCAGCUCCACCAUAUGAUAUCGGAGCGGAGGCGGCGCGAGAGGCUCAACGAGAGCUUCGAGACGCUCAGAGGGCUGCUUCCUCCCGGAUCAAAGAAAGACAAAGCCACCGUCCUCGCCCACACGCUGGACUACAUGAACAUCAUGAUGACCCAGAUCUCCGAGCUCGAAGCCAAGAACCGAAGCCUCCAGGCGGCGGCGCAAACCCAGCGACACCAACGGGCCGUCAACGGAAGCUCCAGGGACAGACCACUCCUCCAAGCAGGCGGCUCGUCGGUGAGGGUACAAGUGGAUGUGACCAGCAGCAGCGCCGGCGCGUCCACAUCGUCGUCGUCGUUCUCGCCUGCGGAUCAUCACCGUGAGGUGACCAUCAGGGUGGCGGCGCCGGGCGACCUGUCCGAGCUACUGGCCCGCGUGCUGGCUGUGCUCAAGGGCAUGGCCGGGCACCGUUUCACGGUGGUCGCCGUCGACGGCAGGCGGCCGGACACCAACGGCGACGGCAUUGCCCGGGCGAGCCUGACACUGCGAGCAACGGUUGCCGGUGAAAUCGACGAGGCGUCGUUGAGGGAAGCUGUGGCGAAGGCUGUCGUGGGUCUGGUGACACCGGCGCCGUCGGACGACGACGAGUCACCGUAGCGGAUCAGCUUUGACCCUUCUUCCGUCCAUAUUGGUCCCGGUGUUUAGCCAGAUGGGGACGCUGCAGCUAUGCCUCAAACGAGGAUUACAGAUUGCGGACCUAGAAUUUUUUUUCUCCGUGUGCUCUGUAAUCUGUGCUCGUCGAGGAUAUUGACCAACUAUAAUCUGAAUUUCUAGAUGUAUUGGAAGCAAGUGA